UUCGGGUAAAUUUCCAGGACGCCCAGGGCUGGACUCUGGUGUCAGCCCCUUGGAUUGCGUUCCCGCGUGUGGGCGUCUAAAAGGAAACCAGAAGCGGGGAAGGGAUACAGAAACCCACUUACUCGGGCGCGUUGGCCCGGGCGGGUGACCAUCCGGACAGUUAGACUCUCCCUUCAUUCCCCCGCCUCCGAAGGGACAUACACGGAGAGGAGGCGCCCCGGAGCGAGUUUCAGGCACGAAGUGAUUUCCUCGGUGGAGAUGAUGAGUUUGCUCUGAUCUUCCAGCUCCCCCGCAUCCUGCUCCUGGUGCGCGGGGGACGCAGGCCUGUAAAUACACGCUCAUGACUGUCAUCUGACUUCACCUGCCGCCGCCGCACACCUUGCGCGGCGACCUGUGGGCAGUGAGUGGACCAGAUUGAUCUCGCGCCUCUACUGUGGGAGGCAGGUCUCUUGGGGGGAUGGGUGUCCAUCUCAUUUCGAAAAGCUGGAGCACAUAAAGCACUCGCUAUGGAGGAAAUACCAUUUUGAGACAUUUUUCUGUUGCCGGUGAGAGAGGAAGAACCAAUACAGAAGCGCACCCUCCUGUGUGUGUGUGUCUCAUUGUACUGCUUUUUAUAAAGCAGCUUAGUGAUGAAGCCACCAUUAUGUCCUCAGUCAGUGAAGUAAAUGUCGAUAUCAAAGAUUUCCUAAUGAGCAUUAAUUUGGAGCAGUAUGUCUCACAUUUCCGUGAGUUUGGUUUUAAUACCGUGAAGGACUGUGCAGCCAUAGAUGACAGCGUGCUACACAAAAUUGGAAUAUCACCUACAGGACACCGGAGGAGGGUCAUUAAACAGUUACAGAUAAUCUUGUCAAAAAUGCAAGAUAUCCCAAUAUAUGCAAAUAUUCAUAAAAUAAAGAAGAAUGAUGAGACUUCGAAGGGUCACCCCGCUCCAUCUUCCGGCCAGGAUACCUGCAUAGAACUCUCAGAUUCAUCUGGCGUUCAGACACCUAGUCCGGCGCACUUGGAGACUGUUACAAAAAAUCUCGAUCAAAGUGACAUUGGUGUGGAAAAUAGCCAGUGUCUUAAAUCAGAUGAUGAGCUCUCUCUUCCUAAACACAGCUUUCCCAUUCAUGAAGAAGGACACCAUCUGAAAUUCGGUUCUUUUCAAGAUUCUUUAUUGGGUAGAGAAAAUAUUCAAAUAGAAUCUUUGACUGCAAAGGAGACUGUGGAUUGUACAACUAAAGAACAACAAACAGAAAAAGUCGAUUUGAACUCAGAAGAUGUGAACAAGCUUCGGAAUGUAGACCCUGACCGCCUUCCUUCCCUUGGCUCUUCAGUAUCAGAAGCCAAUUCUGGACAUGGAACGAAUGGUUUAUUAGAAAGGUCACCACCAUCCCCUCUCUUUAACUUUCAAGGACAAAUGGUUAUAAAUGAUUUGUAUGUUCCAUCAUCACCAUUCCUAACACCUAUGAGAAGUCGUAGCAAGUUGGUUUCAAGGCCAUCUCGAUCUUUUCUGCUAAGACAUCGGCCCGUACCAGAGAUUCCAGGGUCAACAAAAGGAAUUUCAGGGAGCUAUUUCCGUGAGAGAAGAAAUGGUGCUACCUCAACUGGAAAAUCGGUGACACAGCACAAUUCAAAUGAGGAGAAUUCAUCUUCCAUCUUUCCUUAUGGAGAGACCUUUCUCUUCCAGAGACUAGAAACUUCCAAGAAAAAGUCUAUAAGGAAUGAAUUUUGGGCCCAUGAAGAAACACUCAAAGGGAAAGCAACAACUGAAAGAAACUCUUUUUUUGUCCAAUCAAGCAUAUAUGAUAACAGGAAGGAGAAUGUAAGUGAAGACAAAGUGGAAGAUAUUUGGGUACCUCGAGAGGACAAAAACAAUUUUCCGACUGGCGGAGCUGCAGAUUCAGAAUAUUCAACAGUAGAAGAAUGCUUUCAGAGUUUAAAAAGAAAAAAUUCAAAGGCAUCUAAGUCCAGGACUCAAAAAGUAUUGAACUUGGACCCUGUUAAUAGGCACAGUUAUCCCUUAAGCUCCACAAGUGGAAAUGCUGAUUCAUCAGUCAUUUCCUCAAGUCCAAUAUCUCCUUAUGCCUGCUUUUAUGGAUCGUCUGCGAAGAAGGUUAAAUCGGGCUGGCUAGACAAACUCUCUCCUCAAGGAAAACGCAUGUUUCAGAAGAGAUGGGUGAAAUUUGAUGGCUUUAGCAUUUCUUAUUACAAUAACGAGAAGGAGAAGUAUUCAAAAGGAAUAAUUCCCCUUUCUGCUAUAUCUACAGUACGAGUUCAAGGAGACAACAAAUUUGAGGUUGUUACAACACAAAGAACUUUUGUUUUUAGAGUAGAAAAAGAAGAGGAGAGAAAUGACUGGGUCAGCAUACUACUAAAUGCACUGAAAUCGCAGUCCCCCUCCUCGCAGUCUCAAGCAGCUGCUGCGCCUGAGAAAUGUGGAUAUCUUGAACUGAGAGGGUAUAAAGCCAAAAUUUUUACUGUGUUAAGUGGAAACAACGUGUGGCUCUGCAAAAACGAACAGGAUUUUAAGGGUGGAUUUGGUAUUACCAUAAUCCCGAUGAAUGUAGCCAAUGUAAAGCAAGUGGACCGGACUAUGAAACAAUCUUUUGAGAUAAUCACGCCCUAUAAGAGUUUUAGCUUUGUAGCCGAGUCUGAAAAGGAGAAACAAGAGUGGAUUGAAGCUGUGCAGCAAUCGAUAGCAGAAACUCUCUCUGAUUAUGAAGUAGCUGAGAAGAUUUGGUUCAAUGAGUCCAACAGGAGCUGUGCAGAUUGCAAAGCCCCGGAUCCGGACUGGGCAUCCAUCAAUCUCUGCGUCGUCAUCUGCAAGAAGUGUGCAGGACAACAUAGAUCUUUAGGACCAAAAGAUUCCAAGGUUAGAAGUCUAAAAAUGGAUGCAAGCAUUUGGAGUAAUGAACUCAUCGAGCUUUUUAUUGUCAUUGGAAACAAAAGAGCAAAUGACUUUUGGGCUGGUAACCUUCAAAAAGAUGAAGAAUUACACAUGGACGCGCCUGUAGAAAAGAGAAAAAGCUUCAUUACCCAGAAGUACAAAGAAGGGAGAUUCAGAAAAACCCUUUUGGCAUCUCUCACCAAGGAGGAAUUAAAUAAGGCUCUGUGUGCUGCUGUGGUGAAAUCGGAUGUUCUGGAAACAAUGGCUUUGCUCUUCAGUGGAGCAGACGUCAUGUGUGCAACCGGAGACCCCGUGCACAGCACCCCCUACCAGCUGGCCAAGAAGGCUGGGCAGAGUCUGCAGAUGGAAUUUCUCUACCACAACAAGUUCUCAGAUUUUCCUCAACACGACGUUCAUUUCGAAGGUGGAUUAAGUCAAGAGUCCGCCCAGUGCACGUUCCUCUGUGACUUUUUGUACCAGGCUCCUUCUGCUGCUUCCAAACUCCCUGCAGAGAAAAAACUGCUGGAAGAGACAAAUAAAAAGUGGUGUGUUUUGGAAGGAGGCUUCCUGAGUUACUAUGAAAAUGACAAGUCUACCACUCCCAAUGGCACCAUUAACAUCAGUGAUGUCAUCUGCCUGGCUGUGCACAAAGAGGACUUCUAUAUAAACACCGGGCCCAUCUUCACCUUUGAGAUCUAUUUGCCCUCAGAACGUGCAUUUUUAUUCGGAGCUGAAACAUUUCAAGCCCAAAGAAGAUGGACAGAGGCAAUAGCUAAGCAAUUUGUUCCCUUUUUUGCUGAAAACUUAACACAAGCUAAUUAUGAUUUGAUUGGUCAACUCUACUACAAAGACUGCCAUGCCCUGGAUCAGUGGAAAACAGGCUGGUUUGCUAUGGACAAGUCUAGUCUGCGUUUUUGCCUUCAAACGCAGGAAGUUCAGGAAGAUAGAAUGAACUUAAGAAGACUGCAAGAGCUAACUAUCAGCACAAUGGUUCAAAAUGGGGAAAAAGUGGAUAUUUUGCUCUUGGUAGAGAAAGGGAGAACAUUGUACAUCCAUGGACACACCAAGUUGGAUUUCACAGUCUGGCAUGCUGCAAUUGAGAAAGCAGCAGGUACAGAUGGAAAUGCUUUGCAGGAUCAGCAGCUCAGCCAAAACGAUGUUCCCAUCAUCGUGAACAGCUGUAUAGCAUUUGUUACGCAGUAUGGUUUAGGGUGCAAAUAUAUCUAUCAAAACAGUGGCGACCCUUUGCACGUAAGUGAACUCCUGGAGAGUUUCAAAAAAGAUGCCAGAAGCUUUAAAUUGAGGGCUGGAAAGCAUCAGCUUGAAGAUGUGACGGGUGUGCUGAAAAGGUUUCUGUCCGACAUCGACGAUGCGCUUCUCACUAAGGAGCUCUAUCCAUAUUGGAUCUCUGCUUUAGAUACCCAAGAUGACAAGGAAAGAAUUAAAAAAUAUGGAGCAUUUAUAAGUACUCUUUCAGGGGUCAACCGAGCAACAUUGGCAGCUAUAAUUGAACACCUUUACAGGGUUCAGAAAUGCUCAGAAAUCAAUCACAUGAACGCCCAUAAUUUGGCCUUGGUCUUUUCAUCCUGUUUGUUUCAAACUAGGGGACAAACUAGUGAAGAAGUGAAUGUAAUCGAGGACUUAAUUAAUAAUUAUGUUGAAAUAUUUGAGGUUAAAGAAGACCAAGUCAAACAAAUGGACAUAGAAAAUAGCUUUAUUACCAAGUGGAAAGACACUCAAGUUUCCCAGGCUGGAGAUCUGUUAACUGAAGUGUAUGUGGAGAGGAAGGAGCCCGACUGCAGUAUUAUAAUCCGGAUAUCUCCUGUGAUGGAAGCAGAAGAAUUAACUAAUGAUAUGUUAGCAUUAAAGAACAUUAUUCCUACCCCAGGUGAUCUCUGGGCCACAUUUGAAGUCAUUGAAAAUGAAGAGCUAGAGCGCCCUCUUCACUACACAGAAAAUGUGUUGGAGCAGGUGCUUCGGUGGAGCUCAUUAGCUGAACCUGGCUCUGCUUAUCUCGUGGUGAAGAGGUUCUUAACCACCGACACCAUCAGACACUAUAAUGAGAGAAAUGCCCUGGAAAGUAUCAAAGAGGGAGCCCUGAAAAUCAAAGAAGAACCAUCUAAAAUACUGUCUGGAAAUAAAUUUCAAGACCGGCACUGUGUUUUACGAGAUGGAUAUCUGAUUUUUUACAAGGACUUGAAGAGUAGCAAACAUGACAAAAUGUUUCCUCUCAGUUCAAUGAAGUUUUAUCUUGGAGUGAGAAAGAGAGUGAAACCUCCAACAAGAACAAGAAAUCCCAGGAGCCCUGUCUGCUGGGAAACACCUGGGUUUGCCCUCAUCCUACCCCUUGCUCAGUCAAAGCCUGGGAACACAAGGAAUGUUCCAGAAAUUGAACUGAGACCUCAAAGCUCAGUUCACUUAAGAGUUUUACGUCUUCCGGCGAUGCAGCGAUGGCGUUCUCAUAGGAAGCAGGUCACUGGAUGUGUGUGUGUGAAAAGCGAGCCAAGUGGCUCUGUAACAGGGUGUACACCACAGAAUAACAUCACACACCAACGGCAAGAAAUUGUGUUUCCACAGCAUGAAAAUGACAUACGGCCACCCGCUGGAAAGCAACGGAAACGCUCUAUAACCAAAAACCCCAAAAUCGGAGGUUUGCCUCUCAUUCCCAUCCAGCAGGAGAAAAAUGCCACCCAAGCCUGGAGAAAUAUCGAGAGCGCCAGGGGGGAGCUGGAGAAGCUGCGGCUCCUUGAGAAGCGCGACCAGGAGCCUGGGGACAGCACCCUGAAGGACAGAGCCUCCAUGGUGGCCCACUGCCUGGAGCACAGGGACGAUAAACUGCGGCAUCGAACCCGGAAGCAUCGCAGCCUCUACUGUCUGGAGGACACAGAGGCUGAGACCGAGGCCUUUCAUGGGCAGCAGAAAGGCCCUAAAGGCUCAUCGAAGACCCUGGGGAAGGCUGAGGACAGGAACGGCAGAGCCACUCUGGACGCUGAUAAUAAGUUGCCGUCCCAGGUCAUCAAAGAACUCAGCGUGGUCCUACAACGGUCAAGAACCCUUCCGAAAGAGUUACAGGGCGAGCAGAUCUUGCAGAAAGAAAUAAAAUGACUUGCAGAUUUUUUUAAAAAAAGAACAUUGCAUACAAUGUUUGUGUACAAAUCAGAAAGCAAACUAUAAUGGUUUGUAACAUUUGUCUAGCUGUAUGUACUCAUUUGAAGAGCAUUUGGGAAUAUAUAUGUAUAUAUGUGAUAAGUGUAAGAUUUAACUUUAUUUUGGUCUGAACAAAGCUUGUACAGCGCACCUGUAUUAACCGUGUGUAAAAAGUCCUUGGGUUACUUUGAGUGGCCAACCUUUUGAAGUAGGUGUCUUUUAAGUGGUGUAAUUUAUGAGCACAAAGAUCCCACUGUACUGUAUUGUAUAAAAUGCUGUUUAAACGAA